AUGCCUCUUUUAUCUCAUACCGGCCGCACCUCAUCCGGCAACUCUCAGACACCCCAGGGUGAGGAGCGUUCCAAGAUCCAAACUCUGAUCACGGAACGGAACGACGAAACCCAGAUGUACUCUGGUGAUCCGCAAGACAUGGAAAUACCGGAGUUUGUGAGAACUGGAUCAUACUAUGUGACUGGAAGAGACGAACCCGACUGUAAAUACUUCCAAGCUUCAGAUGUGAGGCGCCAAGUCCAACAGGCUCCUACAACGCCUCGCCGCUUUGUCAAAUAUCUCAACAGAUAUCACAAUGGCCCACGGCCGCUCCUGCAUGCUCGGCGGCCUUUCAAGGAGUAUCCAAUCGCUCCAAGCCAUCAGAACGGGUCCGCCCCAGGAAACUUCGUCUGCGGUGACCCUGGUCCCGUGAGAGCCUUCUAUAGCGAAAGCGACAGGUCUGAGUUUGAUAUCGGCUAUCGCGAACCCCCUCGUGGGCUACGAAAAGGGAAAAAGCACCCGGAUGCCCCUUACAGUCUUGCAUCAUACCAUCCAGCUCCUACCUAUACCGAUACUAGCACCAUCGGGCGUGUUCAAGCCUCUAGUUAG